AUGAAGACCCUCUCCCCCAAAAGCUGGGCAGCCCGAAGCCUGGCCGGCCUCCUGGCCCUGCCACUGUUACCAGUGCAAGCCUCGGUUGAGAACCCAGGCUUGGCCCCAGCACCUCCAAUGGGGUUCAACAACUGGGCGCGCUUUAUGUGCGAUCUGAACGAGACGCUCUUUACCGAAACAGCACAAUCAAUGCUAGACCGCGGCCUCCUCGAUGUAGGCUAUGACCGCCUCACGCUGGAUGACUGCUGGAUGAGCCAUGACCGCGCCGAUGACGGUUCUCUACAGUGGGACACCGAAAAGUUCCCGCACGGCAUUCCCUGGCUUGUCAAGUACAUGAAUAGCAAGGGCUUCCAGCUCGGCAUUUACGAAGAUUCUGGCAACUUGACCUGCGGCGGCUACCCGGGCUCCUACAAACACGAGGCGCAGGAUGCUGAACUCUUUGCUAGCUGGGGUAUCGACUACCUUAAGCUGGACGGGUGCAAUCUCUGGGAGGAGGAAGGCCGCUCGCUGCGCGAGGAGUACCGUGUCCGCUACGAGGGGUGGCAUGAUAUUUUGAGCGCCAUGCCGAAGCCGCUUAUCUUUUCCAAUUCCGCGCCUGCAUAUUUCGAAGGCAAACCGGGAGACUGGGAGGUCGUCAUGAACUGGGUCCCGGAGUCCGGCGAGUUGGCGCGUCACUCGGCGGAUGUGCUUAACUAUGCCGUCGAAGGCAGUGCCUGGGAUAGCAUUAUGUAUAACUACGACUUCCACGUGCGUCUAGUGCGCUACCAGCAACCGGGCUACUAUAACGACCCCGACUUCUUGAUCCCAGACCACCCGAGCCUCUCGAUGAACGAGAAAAAAUCCCAGUUCGCGGUCUGGGCUUCCAUCGGCGCGCCACUGAUUCUCAGCGCUUACGUUCCCGACCUCUCGGACGAGGAGAUCGCAUUCCUCAGCAACAAGGCCCUCAUCGCCGUGAACAAGGACCCGUUGGCGCAGCAAUCUGCUCUUGUUAGCCGUGAUGGCACCUUCGAUGUCCUAACCCGCUCCCUGGAGAACGGAGACAGACUCCUGACCGUGCUGAACCGCGGAGCCGACGCGGCCACAACGACCGUCUCCCUCGCGCGUCUCGGUCUGUCAUCCAAGUCUUGCAAGUAUGAGGCGCGUGAUCUUGUCAGCGACGAAGUCUCCACUAUCGACUCUGCUAUCAAAGUCCAGCUCGAUUCCCAUGCUGCCAAGGUCUACCGUAUUGCGCUGCCCAAAAAGUGCACCAAGACUACCCCUACCGCGAUGAUUUUCAACACUCCGUCUGAUCUUUGCAUGACUGCUUCUACUGAUUCUGUUACCUUUGAGAAAUGCAGUGGCUCAGACGCCCAGGUCUGGCACGUGGCGGCCACGGGCCAUGGCACUGAGCUGACUUUGAGUCCUCUGUCGGAUGAGUCGCUUUGUCUUGCUGCUGGGGAUGGGCUUUCACUUGUCAAGUGCCAUGGUGGACACGGUACUAACUGGGAUCACUAUAUUUCGGGUCAUUUGCGCAGCUCGUCUGGGGAUUGUUUGACUCAGACCAAGGAUAAGGGCAGUGUCGAGGCGUGUGUGAUUGAUAGUGUUGGGCAGAUCUUUGGAUUGCCAAGUGGAGUCCGUCUGGCCAAGGGAGAUUUGAACUAG